AUGAAUGGUGUUAAAACAACAAAAUUAGGUGAAGGACUUUCCAACCGACAUAUCACGAUGAUUAGUAUCGGUGGCGUUAUUGGUGCAGGUUUAUUUGUCGGCUCUUCAGCUGCAAUUGCCAAAGCAGGUCCUGCGGCUGUACUGGCUUAUAUUAUUACCAGUAUUAUCGUUUUUCUGGUGAUGCGUAUGCUCGGUGAAAUGGCCGUUGCACAACCAGAUACAGGUUCAUUUUCCACUUAUGCGCGUAAAGCAAUUGGGCCUUGGGCAGGCUUUACUGUGGGCUGGUUGUAUUGGUGGUUUUGGGUUUUAGUGAUUCCCAUCGAAGCAAUUGCUGGUGCGGAAAUUUUACAUGCGUGGUUUCCUCAAGUUUCUAGUGCUAUUUAUGCUUUUGCUUUUAUUAUUUUACUCAGUUUAGCCAAUUUCUUUAGUACUAAAAGUUUUGGUGAGUUUGAGUUUUGGUUUGCUUUAAUUAAAGUGGUUGCGAUACUGCUGUUUAUUGUGAUUGGUGCAUCGGCUGUAUUUGGGCUUUGGCCUUUGGCUCGUGAUGUUAGUGGUGUGGGGCAUUUAUUUUCAAAUGGCGGUUUUAUGCCGCAUGGCAUGGGUGGCGUUCUUUCGGCUAUUUUAAUUUCAGCAUUUUCAUUUUUUGGUGUUGAAAUUCUGUCGAUUGCAGCGGCAGAGUCUAAAAAUCCACAAGAGAAAAUUAAACGUGCCACCAAUUUAGUGCUGUAUCCAGUGGCUUUAGUCGAUUGGCGUUCGCCUGAUUUACAAAAAUUAGGGACAUUUCAGUAUGUCUUGGUCAGCCUCAAUGUGCCGCAAACCAAAUUGAUUAUGGACAUGGUGGUGUUUAUCGCGGUGGCAAGUUGUAUGAAUGCGGCUGUAUAUACUUCUUCACGGAUGCUGUUUGCAUUGGGUGCACGUCAAGAAGCGCCGAAAGUUGUGACUAAAAUUAAUGAUGCAGGUGUACCAACGAUCGCAGUGUUUGCUUCAACCUUUGUUGGACUGAUUUGUUGCGCCGUGAAUUAUAUGUUCCCAGGGCAAGUUUUUGGAUUUUUACUUUCAACAACGGGUUCAAUUGCCUUGGUGGUUUAUUUAGUCAUUGCUGUGUCACAACUACGCUCAAGAGCUAAACUGGAAAGAAUAGGCGCUCAAGUGACCUUUAAAAUGUGGUUAUUUCCUUGGCUGACGUGGUUUGUCAUCGUGGUGAUUAUGAGUGUAUUGGGCUAUAUGUUUUUAUCGCCUCAAUAUAGUUAUGAAACGACUUUGUCCUUAGGGGUAACUUCCAUUGUGGUGAUUUGUGGUCUGAUGGUGACACGCAAGAAUAAAACCGCGAAGCGUAUGGCCGUCCAUUUGGAUUAA